AUGAAAUCGGAGAAAUAUCAACGUAACAAAGAAGACGAAUCUGAUUUAAACCAGAAGAAAGAAACCCAGAAAGCUCCUAGAAUGCCGAACAUUAAAGUUUUUACUGGCAGCUCUCAUCCAGACCUUGCCAAAAAAAUCGUCGCUAGACUGGGCCUCGACUUAGGCAGAGCUACCACAAAGAAAUUUAGCAACAAGGAAACUAAUGUUGAAAUAGGAGAAUCCGUCAGAGGCGAGGAUGUGUAUAUCGUACAGAGUGGUUGCGGUGAAAUUAAUGAUAACCUUAUGGAACUCUUGAUAAUGAUAAAUGCCUGUAAAAUAGCGUCUGCCUCGCGUGUUACAGCCGUAAUUCCCUGUUUCCCUUACUCCAGACAGGACAAGAAAGAAAAAAGCCGAGCUCCAAUCGCUGCUAAACUUCUUGCAAACUUAAUAUCAGUCGCUGGAGCCGAUCACGUUAUAACCAUUGACUUACAUGCAUCACAAAUUCAAGGUUUCUUUAACAUACCCGUUGACAACUUGUACGCUGAGCCAGCGAUUACAAAGUGGAUCAAGGACAAUAUACCAGAAUGGAAAACAAGUGUCAUGGUAUCUCCGGACGCAGGUGGUGUGAAGAGGAUGACUGCCAUCGCUGACAGACUCGAUAUUGAUUUUGCCAUCAUCCACAAAGAAAGACAGAGGGCCAACGACGAAGAUUCAACCGUUCUAGUAGGAGAUGUGAGAAACAGAACAGCUAUUAUGGUCGAUGACUUAGCAGAUACCUGUGAUACUAUAGUUAAGGGUGCCGAAAAGCUACAAGAGGCGGGAGCUAAUAAAGUAUACGCAAUCUUAACUCACGGCGUUCUAGCCGGUAACGCGAUUGAUAAGAUCAAUAAUUCAUGUCUUGAAGCUUUUGUGAUAACUAAUACGAUCCCACAAGAUAAAAAUAUGAAACUCUGUCCCAAACUACAAACCAUGGACAUAUCUGUUAUGCUCGCUGAGGCAAUAAGAAGAACUCAUUACGCUGAAUCAGUUUCAUAUCUAUAUACCAAUGUACCCUAUUAA